GACGCAGCUGGGGCCUCUUUCGAUCAGCCAGCCGCGGAGUGGCGGGAUUGAGUUACGAGGCCGGCGCUGGAGGGCCCCGCGAGUUAACGACUUUCGCAGCCCCUUUCAGGCGAGCGAAUUAUCCGUCGCGGUUUGCACCCCCACAUCCCCCCAUACACACCCUGGAACUAUCCGUCUUCCCGGGCGCGCGCGGCGGCGGCCCGCAGGAACAAAUGAAGCGCGAAGCCCCUGUUCCCGCCCACGGGCCACGAUGGCGGUAUAAGUACGGCGCGUCGCAGCGACGCCGGGCAGAAGAGUGCUUCACCCCGUGUCUCGCGCCGGCCUCUGACGCUCCAUACGGCCAGAAGCUCCCGGCAACCACAGGCGACCAGGACCGUGCUGCGCUCCGCCGGGGACAUGAGGAAGUCGCGGCUGAAGGUCCUGCCGGCGCGCUGCCUCACCAGGCUGGGCUUCCUGCUGCUGUACCUGGCGUGCCCCGUCAUCGGCGACGAGAGCCGAGCCCGCCCGAGCCCCUCCGAGGACCUUCUGUCGCGGCGCCUCAGUGCUCCGGACAACCCAGGCGACGAAGAAACUGCCGACCAUCCUGGAUGUCAAGAGAGGCCCCACCCUCGUCUCGCCCUGCUAGCGGCGACUUGCGAGACUUCGGAACAUGUGGGAAAACACUGCACUUACAUGGACGCAAAUUGCACAGACAUUGUGUCUGGUGCUUCGACACCUAUCAAGGUCGAACACGAUUCGAGUUUUGAUAGACUUCUCGCUUCUACCGAUACUAGAAUGGGAUAUUCUGAAUAUACUGCCCCUCAAAUUAACAUCGAUCUAGAUGAUUUCGGUAAAAUUUGCGAGAUUCGCAAGUUACCGCUUUUGAAACCAGCACAAAAAAUAUCUUCAAAUGGGUACCAAGAAAGUACGGCAGUUGAUAAUGGAGCAGAAAGUUUUCAGACCAGACCCAGGAUGUUUAGAGACAAAACUAGUUUUCUUUUAAAGAGAGUAACCUCAAAGAGUCAAGUGCGGCGACAAUCUCUCAAUGCAGCUGAUGAGAGAAGGGUGUCUCGUAAAGUAGCUAUACUCAGGAAAUAUACUGACAGCCAUCCGGAUACCAGGCGAACAAAGGCCAUGAGGACUGAUGCUAGAAUCCUCACCUUAAGAAGAGCAGCACGAAACAUACUUCCAGAAAACAGGAGGACUUUAAGAUACACCAGACUGGCAGCUGCAGAACCGCGACUUGACAUUAUAAGGGCAAAAUUAACUUCUUAUGAUUCACGACGCGAAAGAAGGGUGUCAACAUUUUCCUCUGAAAACCGAAGGUUUUCUCGCGAUAGUCCACACAGCAGAAUCUCUCGUACGAACAGAAGGAGAGAUACUUCUUUGCCUAAUGCCCGAAGACUGAAUGUCAUAACAUCUCCGAAAAGAACGAGUCCUGUAAAUAUCUAUAGAGAUGCUAGAAUUAUAACCAGUACAAACAAAAGAAUUAAUAGGGACUCAAACGAAUCAAGAAGAAAUUUCAAAGCAACCAACUCUCGUAAUACAAAUGUGUUAGCGAGAAGUGCUUCACGAGAAAGCUCUACAAAUAGAAGGACAUCGGUAAACAUUUUCAAAGUACCUAGCUUAAGUAUGGAUACACCUUUGUACGAAAGACACCUUAUAAAAUAUUUCGACAAAGGUAGUACAAAAAAUACUGUUGCAUCAGCUAGGAUAUCAAGUGAUGCGAUUUCUACACGGAUCAACUCUGAAACGAAUACUAACAUAAGAUCAACAAUUUUCAGAGAUGGUUUAAGUAGCAGAAGACGAUCAACUGAAAUACGUAAAGAGCGAAGUCCUGUUCGCAAGGCUGCUGAUCUAACUCAAACAAGACAUCUAAUUCGCACAUUUCCAUUAGCAAGGAGAGUUUCUAACGUUUUUGUGUACAGAAAAAUUUCUAGAACCCUAUUUGAAAGCCCGAGGAUAUCUAACGAUUUCCAUGUAAGGCGAAGAAAGGUACGUGAAGAAUUUCGAGCAGGGAAAUACUCGUCUAGAUAUGUUUCUGGUACAAGAUGGAUCUCCAGAACUCAACCGACAAACAGAAAGCUUUCUUUGGCACUGCCUUCAACACAAACCAUUUCUCGAGAAACAUCCUUAACAGAAAACAAUAUUUUUGCUACCCGAAGUACGAGAAGGCUAUCGUUGGCUAGGACUUCGUCAACAAGAACUUCUGUUGGAACUAUUUCUUUGAAAAGAAGAACCGAGGAACCUCUUGCCACUAAAAGAUUUAGUCGUGAAUUAUCACUAACGAGAAAGAAUCCUGCAGACAUUUCUGAGUCUAGAAAAAUCUAUGCAUCCAGAUAUUCAAACAUUAGAAAGAGAAGUAUUGUAGGCAUAUCUAAUUCCAGAAGUAUUUCUAUUCCCAAAUCUUCAAGCACUGUGUCAUCUGCUGAAAUAACUCAAAAAAGAGGACUGGUUCGUUCAGUGUCACUAGCCAGAGAUGUUCGUGUGUCAUAUUCGAGAAGGGUUUCCAGUCUCUUAAACGAGAUUUAUUCUAAGCCACCUGAGGUACGCAGUUCAGAGCGUGGAACAUCUGUAGCAAGAAGAUUUUCUCCAGACUCCAUUAAUAAAAAAACAAUCUUCCGAACCACCAUAAGCAAUAGAAUGUCGUUUGCACUACCCGAAACAAGAAGAAUAACUCGUGAAUUUUCACCAGCGAGACAAUAUUCCUCAUAUGUGCGUGAAAGAAAUGUGUCAAUCCUCGUAAGACGCAAUCAUUCUUUCAACACUGUUAAUUCAAGAAGUAGGAGGCUGGCUAUUGGCACAACAAAAACUUCGCAUAAAAUUCAAAAUAAAAGAUCUUCCAUGAAUAUCUCUGGAAGGAACAGAUUAGCCUCCGAGCGAUUGUCAAUACAUAGGAUGUUACGUGCAGAUUUGCCAUACAGCUUGAACUCUCUCACAUCUACCCGCAUUUCAAACUCUGCGAAUAGAAGAAUUUCACGGAGGAAGGCAGAUUUUAAACAAUUACCUGUAGCAGAAUUCACAAGGCAAGGCAUUUUUACGAAUGAAUAUAGAACAGGAAUUAUUUCCAGGAAGAUAUUUAUGGAAAGAAGACUUUCUUCAACCAUGUCGAAAGCUCAAAAAUAUACUCGAGUGAGAAGAAUUUCUUCAGCUACCAAUGAGAAGAAAGGAUUGAUUCGAAACAUACCUGCUUACAGAAAAUAUUCUAACGAUGAUACCUACACUAGGAGGACCUCCAUAGACAGGUCACUUUCCAUAAAAUUAAGAACCGAACAACAAAGAAUUUUCAAAACCUCCCUAUCCAGACGAUACUCUGCAAACAAUCUUGAUAAGAUAACAACAAAGUUAUCGAAGACAAGGACAGAAUCGAAUUUCGCAAAGUAUUUACCUGAUGUAUACAGAACACGGAGGAAGUAUGAGAACAGUAACACACGAAGAUUUAAUAAUAAACCGUCGUUUAGUAAUAGAAGCACACUGCAGAUAAACAAUAUUGAAGACUUCUCAGCCAGAAUUAACGUUAUGACUACCACAAAAAUGACAGAAUUUGAUCUAAUGGAGCAUUCUGUCCACAGAACAACUUUCAGCACACAAGUGUUUUCUCUUCAGUUGCCUUCUUCUCAGUGGUUACCAGAGUUCACAAUGAAGGGCGAAUAUGAGGUCUUGUAUCAGUCAGUACUGCCGAAUCAGAUGUGCAUGGUUAAAAAUCAAUCCACAGAUGCAUUACCUUUAGGAAGAAAAAAUGUCAUCAUUAAUUAUAACGAAAAAAGCAAUUUAUGCAUACACGAUAAUUUAUUUAUUAGAGAGACGCACCCGAAAUCUCACCAAGCAGACCAAAUUUCUCAACAAAAUAUCGUCGAUUUUGUUUCUCGCCAUGUUUCCAGUGAUAAGGAUGAAACUACGGCUAUAUCGCCAUGGCAUAGUAACGCUGACAGUAUCUCUGAAAACUUCACUCUGGCCAAGGUCCCCAAAGACAUUUCGACAAAAGAAUUUAGCAUAGAACAAAACGAAAAUGCAAAAAUGAUUGUUAACGCUGAAACAGAGAAGGGGUAUUCAGUCAUAUCCAGCAUUCGAAAUUUGUUAGUUAUGCCGUUGGCUGUGAAGAUAUCUAAUUUAGAAUUCUUGGGAAAAGUCUGCAACUUUAUGUUAAACUACAAAAUUUUUGCAGAAAUAAAGGAGCAGUUUUCCCGGCUCAACAACGUACAGUUAUUGAAGAAUCCAUUUGUACCUGAAGAGGGAGGAAUCAAAAUGUCUACAAUGCUUCCUAAUGACAAGACUACCGGGCCUGGGCUAGCGGAUGGUGUUCUGGUCGGAGCCGCACUACUGCUGUUCGCUGCUACGAGGAGCAAGUAACCAAACACCACACACGAAUAUCGGUCGAAAAAAAGGCAGCCCCCGCCAUACGCCCCUGGCUUCUACGAUUAAUGAUUCGCGAGAUAUGUAUAUAUUUAGAAGUAGCACAAUAAGUUAGUACUAUAUUUUUAUGUAGGCAUGUACAGUUUUACUCUGUGAGCUUUCUGAUGUAGCCUAGUCAUAGUACCCAUAAAAAUGUUGCUAUUAUUUCACAUAAUGCGUUCAUUGUAUCAUUACUUUAUAUAGGGCCACUAUGUAUUAUUGCAUAUCAUAAUUUUAGAACAUUUAAGAAUAUUAUUUUUUAAGAAUCGAUAAAUGUAAUAGAAGAUAGCAAAAAUGUUCUUAUUUAAAACUGUUUUAAUAUAAUAUUUUUAUUAAUAACACCAUAUUUCUCAUAUUUCUUAGCAUUAUACUCAAAAUAUUGUAUUUUUAUUAUUCAAUUACAUUGUAAAAUUAUGUUAGUCAAUAA